AUGUUUCCUGGAGGUCCUUAUGAUAUUUCUGUCCUUAAGGAUUAUGAGCACCAUAUUGCAAUAAAUGAUAGACAUGCCUUGAAAGUUGUUUCAAAUGGCAAAAAUCAAGACAAAUUCAUUGAUAUCAGAUAUAUAUUACCUGCUCAGAUAGAUUAUUGGAUUAAUAUAUCUAGAUCACGUCAUCUGAGAAGAUGUAGUUUGCACAUGAUUGACGAUAAUAUGAUUUCUGCUUUUGCUGAGAGAUGGCACGCACAGACUAGCUCAUUUCACCUACCAUUUGGUGAAAUGACUAUUACUCUUGAUGAUGUUAGGGGUCUUUUGAGCAUACCAUGCUAUGGAGAGUUUUUCACACCUCCCGCUAAUGUCAAUGAAGAUUUGGCAAUUGUUGCUGCUGUUGAGUUAUUCAGAGUUGCUUAUGAUGAAGCUGUAACUGAAACUAGGACCAAUAGAGGUGCCUCAUAUAGUUUUGAGGGGUUGAAAGCUGUAUUUUUCAAGCAACUUCGUGAUGGACGAUAUGACUGUGCAAUGAGGGCAUACCUACUUCAUUUGGUAGGGUGUACCAUUCUAGCUGAUAAAAGUUUUACCCUUGUAUCUGCAAAAUAUCUGUUUCUGUUUCAAGACCUUGAUACUUGUGGUAAAUGGGCAUGGGGACCAACUGCACUUGUUGUUUUAUAUGACUAUCUUAGAGAUAGUACAUUGCCUGCAACGAAACAGAUUGGAGGAUAUUUAUCUAUAUUGCAGAAUGUUGCAUACUAUAGAGCAAAGCUGGAUGCUUUGAGGGAUACUGAUAUUAUCUGGACGCCAAAUUACGAUGAGAACUCUAUGACACGAUUUCAGUCUGUGUCGUUGUUUAUAGGAUACAUUCGUUGGUGUUCCACGAUAGUACCGUAUUUACCAGAGAGGUGCAUACGACAAUUUGGGUAUACUCAACACAUCCCUCCUACACCACCAAUGCUCGUUGUACGUGAUGUUGAUGUUGAAUGGAGUGUGUACAGGAACUCUGUACGACCACUUCGUGCUACAUUGCAUUCAGCUGCAUAUUCACAAGAGUGUGUUGAUGGAUACAUUCGGUGGUACUAUAGGAUAUCUCAUCCUCGGAUGAACCCUUACGUUGCUGCAUAUGCUGAUGCUGGUCCUGGUCCUAGUCAUGAUAGUGGUCCUAGUCAUGAUGAUGGUCCCAAUACUAGGUGUACACAGUGUCACCAAAUUGGUGGUCUUAUACAUCAGAGUUUAGAUUUACAUGUGGGUGGUCCUGAAGAUCAGAUGCGUGUCUUAUUAGAGAGCUUUACACAUUUCUAG